GAACUGGACGGGUUAUUUAAAAAAAGUCCGGACUGGAGAAAGUGUUUUCGGUGUCUUACAACGGGACUCACGCAAUCAGUAGGCGAAUUGGAAAAGUGAUUCAGUGUUCUACUUCGUGCAUUCAUCAUGGGUGAAAUCGAUCUCGAAUAUGAAAGCCAUAAACAAAGCACUUCUACAUCAACAAAGUCCUGCGUGAAUCGAGCAUCUUUCAUCUUCAUGGCGAACUUCGAAAAUUUUUUCUUGAGAUGGGGAAUCACUGUAGCCAAAAAUCCGUGGACGUAUAUUGUUGCCAGUGUUGUGAUAGCUGCUACCUGCACCAUAGGAUUGUUGAAUUUUACUGCAGAAAAUAGACCAACAAAGCUUUGGAUUCCACAAGAUUCCGGUUUCGUACAAAAUAGCGAAUGGCUCCAAGAGAAUUUUCCCAACGACCUUCGCCUCCAGUCUUGGGUCGUAGUCGACGAUAAUGUUUUGAGGCCAGAAAUCCUUCUUUGGAUGCUGGAACUUCAUGAUAACAUAACAGCCGUUUCAUCUGCGAGCGGAUAUCAAUGGAGGGACGUUUGCUUCAAGGUACCAGUGGUAACAGAACAGCAGGCCAAACGACGAAAGAAACGGCAAUUAAAUAUCAAUGAAAGCGACAUUUUCGAUUUUGAACAUUUCGAUUUUGACGGGUUCGACACCAACUUCGAAGACAUUCAAUCGUCUCCCCUCGAUCCAGAUUUUGAACCAGCUAUCGACCUUCCAACGGGCAUAUUUUGUGAUAUCGUGGAAGGACUGGAAGAAGCUUGUUUAGAGAAUAGUAUUCUAGACAUUUGGAAUUACAAAAAGGAAGUCAUCAGUAAACUUUCUAGAGAGGAUAUCAUCAAUACGAUCAACACUGUUCAGAAGAGUAAUCUCACCAGGGUCCAGUACAGUAGUCUUCUUGGUCAACCUCGUUUCAAUGAAACCGGCCACAUCGUUUCGGCUGGAUCGCUGCUCGUUCAAUUGUUCUCUCGCGUCAAUUAUUCUUUAAUCACCAAUGACGUCACUGACAAUGACGCUGGAACGGGUGAAGUGGUGGAUCCAAUUAAUCUUGAAUGGGAAAAAGCCUUCGUCAAUUUGCUUCACAAUUUCACGAGCACACCCAACAAUACAAAGCUGUAUUAUAUGGCUGCCAGAAGUUUUGGCGAUAUUAGUUCUGCUACGAUCCUCGGAGAUGUUCGACUCUUGGCCGCCGGCAUUUGUGUGGUCUUCAUUUACGUCCAGCUGAUGCUCGGGAAAUUUAACUUGGUUGAACAAAGGGCAUUUUUGUCUUUAACUGGAAUAGCUUCUGUUGCUAUGGCCAUCGUAGUGAGUUAUGGCCUCUGUUCUGCCUUCGGGGUAUUUUACGGGCCAGUACAUUCCAUCCUACCAUUUUUGUUGCUGGGUAUUGGAAUAGACGACAUGUUCGUUAUCGUCCAAUGCUGGACCAACUUGAACAAGGAAGAAAUGAAAAGGUCAUUACCAGUUCGCAUUGGCAUAACCAUGAAACACGCAGGAGUUAGUAUCACUAUUACAUCAAUCACUGACUUCGCCGCCUUCGCUGUUGGAGCUACAACUGUUUUACCGUCCCUGAGAUCGUUUUGCAUAUAUUCUGCUGUCGGAAUUUUAGCGACGUACAUUUUUCAGGCAUCUUUCUUUGUUGCCUGGUUGACAUUGGAUCAAAAACGAAUCGAAAGUCAUCGUGAUGGUAUCAUUCCCUGUUUCAUCCAUCGAAACUGGAAACCCAGUAGCCUGUCGAGAAUAGAACCUCUUCAAUUGUUUUUCAAUCGCGUUUUAGCCAAAUACCUGUUCAAGUGGCCAGCCAAGGUUUUCGUCUUGGUCCUUGCCACUUUUCUAUUGGGUAUCAAUACCUGGGGCUCUGUCUUAAUGAGACAAGAGUUCAAUCCUCUUUGGUUCAUUCCUACUUCAACAUAUCUAUCUCAAUACUUUUCAGUUCUUGAAAACCAUUACCCAGACAACGGUCAAAUGGCGUCGAUUUAUAUUCAAACGACGAACUUGUCCAGCAAUUUGGACCGCCUAGAUGCAUUACUUGAUAUUGUAAGAAACGAAACAGGCAUCGUGAGCCAAGUGGACGACUGGUUCGGUGGAUUCAAGGAGUUUACAGCAAAGCGUCACGCUAUUGAUUGGAUGAAUCAGAGUAUGACAGACGAACAAUUUUCAACUUACUUGAAGAACUAUUUGUUUACCCAGAAAGGCGCAAAGUUUCGGAGAAAUUUCAAAUUUCAAGAUCCUUUACAGUGCAGAUCAGCCAUCGCACCACCGAUAUCGAUUACCAAUAUUGAUUUCGUCUUUCGUCCGUUUUCUGGGCGAGAAGAACACAUUCCUGCAAUGAGGCGGAUAAAAGACAUUGCCGUAGAUUUUUCGCAGCAAUUUGGAAGCCAAGUUUUUGCCUCAGCUCGCAUAUUUUCUUCCUGGGAAACAGAUGAAGUCAUUAUGGAAGAACUCUAUCGAAACUUGGCCAUCGCCAUGGUCUGCGUCUUUAUCACAACUUUUAUUCUCAUCGCAAAUUUGUUUGCAUGUGUCCUGGUACUUCUCUGCGUCGUCUUAACUUUGAUAUGCGUGAAUGGAUCGAUGCAUUUUUGGGGACUCACGAUUGAUACCGUGUCCUGCAUAAACUUGGUGUUGGCCAUCGGGCUGUGCGUUGAUUACGCUGCACAUGUCGCACAUACGUUCAUGACAAAAACAGGUACCAGAAAUGAACGUGCUGCAGCAACCAUUUCCUCUAUUGGGCCGGCGGUCUUUCACGGAGGUUUCAGCACGUUUUUGGCCUUCAUUUUCCUCGCCAAUUCUGAUUCUCACGUUUUCAUCACGUUUUUUAAGAUAUUCGUUCUUGUUGUCGCGUAUGGACUAUUCCACGGAUUAAUAUUCUUCCCUGUUAUUCUUUCCAUAAUCGGUCCAUUGCCAUUCGAUUUGGAGCGUCCGCCAAAUCUUGAUGACAAGGCAGUCACAGCCGAAGAGCUUGAGCCACAAUUAACUCAUCGAGAAAAGAAACCUACCGAACGACGGGGUAAUAGCAAACCAAUGCUCAUUUCAACGUCUUCUAUCAUUCAUAAUAACAAUGAAACAAACUCCUCCUCUGUGUGGAACCUGGCUCAUUAUUCGACCAUUGCUGUGGAUCAUCGCGAUCACCUCUCUUCGGCGCCAACUCUACUAGCAAUCACCAUCUUCGUAGGAUUUACACUUUCGGGCCUGUUUCUUCUUUGGAGAAGAUAUCGUUACGCCAAUAGAGAGGUGAUUUGCCACUACACCACGCUUAACCAAGAAGUCACUCUUUCGGCAAAUGAUGUCCUAUCAGUUGAGGCCAAUGAAGACCACGAAUUUCAUCUCAAUAUGAGUGAUGACUCAUCGGCAAGCAGCAGCGAUGACGAGGAACUUCUUCGUGCCCAACAAGUGCGUGGGAUGGCCACACUCAAGAUGAUUUCCAUCCGUCUGAAGUCUGUCAAGAACAUUCAGAAGAUCACCCAGUCCAUGAAAAUGGUCUCUGCUGCCAAGUACACCAAAGCUGAAAGGGAAUUGAAACUUGCUCGUCCUUAUGGAGUGGGUGCACAGGAGUUUUACAAGAAGGCAGAGGUUAAAGACGAAGAGGGCGAAAAGGGACAACUCAUCAUUGCUGUUUCGUCGGAUCGUGGUCUGUGCGGUGCAGUUCACUCGUCAAUCGGCCGUAUUGUUAAAGCCGAUAUUGCCGCCAACCCUAACACCAAAGUAGUCAUUAUUGGUGACAAAGUUCGAAACAUCUUACAGAGGCUGUACGCAAAGAACAUCGCCAUGGUAGUUACUGAGGUAGGCCGUAAACCAGCCGUCUUUGGUGAUGCUGCUCUUAUUGCCCAAAGCAUCAUCAACUCUGGUCUGGAAUUCAGCAAAGGAAAGAUCCUGUUCAACACUUUCCGGACGGUUGUAUCUUUCCGUACCACCGAAAUGCCAUUGUACAGUCAGACCGCUGUAGCGAAUGCUUCCAAGCUGCCAAUAUACGAUUCCUUGGACAGCGAUGUCAUUCAGUCCUACACCGAGUUUUCGUUGGCGUCUCUUCUGUUCUUCAGCAUGAAGGAGAACGCCACUUCUGAACAAUCUUCUCGCAUGACUGCCAUGGACAACGCAAGCAAAAACGCCGGUGAAAUGAUUGACAAACUUACAAUGACAUUCAACCGCACUCGUCAAGCCGUCAUCACUCGUGAGUUGAUUGAAAUCAUCUCCGGUGCCUCUGCUCUAGAAACCAAAAAUUAGGGCAGGAAUUCUUAGAAAAACGAGUCGAAAAAACACAUCGCUCGUCAUCCAUCAGAGCAAUUUUGUAGUAGAGUAAAUAAGAAGAGAUCGUUAACCUAUGGCUACGUCCCACAAUGUAAAAUGAAAAGUUCCCCUAAUGAUCAUCUUCUCUGUUGGUUGGUGAAAUAAUAAAAAAAGAAAAAGCCAUA